AUGACAUCUAUCUUGCUUCGAUCUACUUUGCUUUUGCUGGCAUGCAGCUCCGUUUCGGCUAGUCCCACUGGGGCAUCAGCUUGUCCUGGAGGAGAGGCUGCUGUGGGAGGAACUCACCUCACUGCUGCCGAUUUGAAAACUGGCACCUUGGAGGAAUCUCCGCAGGGUUUGAAGGUUCAGCUCAAUGGUGCUGACUUGGUUCCUGGCAUACCAGGCAUAUUUUUCGGUGGAGAAGAGGCUACCAUCAGCUUGACCGGAACAGCAGAUUUCAAGGGAUUUCUGUUGCGGUUGGACGGCGCCGUCUUCGAUGCAGCUGAUGUAACAUAUGGAUUUGAUCCUUCCGAGGAGGACGAGAUCCAACAAGCCGCUGUGUGCACAGGAGGAGCGGAAGGAUGGACUCAUACCAACAACAGUCCCAAGUCCACUGUGUCGGUUUCUAUUACGUUGGGCGCAGCUAGAUCUGAUUUGAGGUUGGAUGUGACGGUUGUUAUUAGCAACAGUGCGGGUGUUUCGGAGUACUACUACACUGGAUACGAUCUCAGUGCUCCCGCUCGUGCCGAUUGGGAAGGUGAUGGUGAUCUGCUGGCUGCUGGAGAUCCCAAUGCAACGGCACCUGCGGCACCGACCGACUCAGAACCUGGAAAUGGCACUACCGCAGCACCAGAUUCUUCCAGUACCACAGCACCAGAUUCUUCUAGUACCACAGCACCAGAUGCUUCUGCCGCCAGCAUUUUGACUACUGGAUGGGUGACAACGUUUAUUGGAGGGCUCUUUGCCAUGGUGAUGUAA